UUACAAUGACUCCACCAUAGCAUGAAAUAUAGAUUAUCAACCGUUUAGAUGAAUAUCAUAAUUUUAUAAUAACCCCACCCCAACCCAAAGAAAACCCUUAUAAUUGCACCCUUACGUACCCCACCCCGAUAAACUAACUCCCUCCACCCACGAAGAAAACCCUCAUUAAGACCCCUUGGCCCCUCCUCCCCACCCCAAGAAAGCCCCACAUAAAGCUCCCAUUUCUAAUCCCAUUUUAUUGCUGAUUGAAGCUCUAAAUAUAUUCCGCCUAGCUUUUUUCUCCUGCAUCUUCUUGUACAUAUAUAAACAAUUUCCGUUCUCUCUAGUACUAAAAAAUUUCUCAGAUUUUGCAAAUGGGCAGUAAUCCAGUUCCUCAUGGCCUAACACAAGAAGAAUUCGCAGUGCUAAAUCCCAUCAUCCGCGCCUACCACACCUUCGAUCAAUUGCCAAAAACAUGCACAUCCCUCAUAUUGCAACGCAUUGAUGCACCGGCAGCACAAGUCUGGCCAUUCUUGCGCCGUUUCGACUACCCGCAGAAGUACAAACACUUCAUCAAGAGCUGCAACAUAGUCGCCGGCGAUGGUGGCAUUGGCAGCAUAAGGGAAGUAACCAUCGUGUCUGGGCUGCCAGCGUCGACCAGCACCGAGAGGCUAGAGAUUUUGGAUGAAGAAAAAUAUAUUUUGAGCUUUAGGGUUGUUGGG